AUGGCUCUCGGGCCGCAAUUCUUUAUUAUCCGCCGCCACGAGAUGCAGACCAUAUCACCUGACGGCCAGACCAUCUGCGAACAGACGCAUACUAUUGUGCCUCUCAUUCCGGUCGACCUGCUACCUGAAUGGGUCGAGGUAUGCAGCGUACCUCGCCGGCUGGAUCUCGAAGACACGACGGGAAUGACCAACCUGGGAACGUUUGAUGCGGCCGAGCAAGUCCUCGGUCUACAGAGCAUCUCCAGCGACAAGCAGGGGGGCAGAAACCGUGUCGGCAUGGGCACAGACACGGGCACAAUCACAAGCUCCGAGACGCAUAUCGUCAGCGAUGAGGAACCCAGCUUCAGGUCCGCCGCCGUCAGCAUCUAA